AUGGCAGACCACGCGCAACCACUCGGUGGUCCCAAAGUCUGGACCACCCUCAUCACCAACACGGCCUAUCUAUCGGGCCUCCUAACCCUAGACUACUCGCUCAAGAAAGUCAACUCCAAGUAUCCCCUCGUAGUCCUCUACACGGACUCCUUCCCAGACGAGGGCCACGUCGCCCUCGACGCAAGGGGAAUUCUAAAACGGCACGUCCCGUAUCUCCUCCCCUCCGUGUCAAAGGACUACACCAAUGACGUGCGGUUCUACGACUGCUGGAGCAAAUUGACCCCCUUCUCGCUUGUCGAGUAUGAGCGCGUCGUCCAGCUGGACAGCGACAUGGUUGCGAUGCAGAAUAUGGACGAGUUGAUGGAUAUCGAACUCGAUGCGCCUGAGUUGGCGGGAACGGGGAAUCGCGUUUUUGCAGCGAGUCAUGCUUGUGUUUGUAAUCCGUUGCAGAAGACUCAUUAUCCGAAGGAUUGGAUCCCGGCCAAUUGCGCUUUCACGAGCCAGCAUGAUGACCCUGUCACCGCGCAGACGGUGGGUGCCCCGUCCACCGCGGGCCUGGGGAUCCCCAAUGGAGGUCUGCAGGUGGUGAAUCCAUCGCAAGGGACAUACGACAAGAUCAGCGCCCAGCUCGCCUCUUCUACAGUGGGGAACUACGAUUUCGCUGAUCAGUCGCUUCUGGGCGACGUCUUUUACGGCCGGUGGGUUGCUAUCCCGUAUAUCUACAAUGCGCUCAAGACGUUGCGGUGGAAGGGCGUUCAUGAUGCUAUUUGGCGAGAUGAGAAGGUUAAGAAUGUGCAUUACAUUCUCAGCCCGAAGCCGUGGGAUGAAUGGGAAGCUAAGCGGAAGGGUGAGGGCGAUUCCAAGCAGAGUCAGGACCCGUCUCAUGCGUGGUGGAUGUCUUUGAAUGAAGCGCGGUUGAAGGAUGAAGAGAGUAAGGGGUUGAAGGAUCAGUUCUGA